UAUGGUUGCUUUCGCCUUUCUCUGACAUCAGUUUACAAGCAGAAAAUUUCAUUACGACGUGCAUUAUGUUCGCUGAUGAUAAGAAAUCAGUCGUUCUCUCGUCGUGUCUCAGUUGCUUAGCCAUUUGGAAAUGUGGGAUGUCGGUAAGUGAUAACAGAAGAACAAGCACAACAAGCACUGCGGCGGAAUCUGCCGUAGAUAUGUAAAACGGAUGUCGGCGACGAUAACGAAGCACUUGUUCUUCAACGCGUUGCAAAGGUCAAGGUGGGGGAAAAUGCUCGGCAUUGCACGCGACAUUGCGUGCAGGUCUGAUUUUAUCUGUCCUCAUUGCUGCUUUGGCCAAAGUGCAUGAGACCACUAGGUAGCGAUAAGCUUGGUUGAAAAAGCUGCUGCACCCUUGAGGAAGCGGAGGAUUCGUGCCUGAAGCCACAGCCAUGCCGGCUCACGGACAAGGACGGGUGCACCGCUUUCAGGACUACGUCGUUGCUGGCGUGAACUGGCGACUGACGCGGUUUGUCGACGAGCUGCCGAAUUCACGUGUAUGCAGCCUCUGCCGCAUGAUUCCAAAGCGUACGGUGCUGUUGCCAUGCUCGCAUGCUCUGUGCCAAUCUUGCCACGCAGCCAGUCUCGAAGAGGGUGUUGGGCAGUGCCCAAUGGAUCAAGAGGCAUUCGAGCAAGCAGAAUGCCAUGAUGUCGACUUUCCUGCCAGGAAAGCUAGCAGCUUGAAGGUAUAUUGCUGGAACGGAGCGCACGGCUGCAAGUACACUGGCACCAUGGACCGCAUGCUGGAGCACUACGAGAGGGAAUGCACAUUUCACACCGUGGAGUGUUUGCGAUGCGGAGAGGAAGUACAGCACAGCGACCUGCCCACGCACUACGUGGCCGGAUGUACCACCGGUGUUUCUACCGCGAUCAGAGUGUACCCGUCCUCGGAGCACACAGCACUGACCCUUGAAGACUUGAGCGCUGCCCUUGAAGACCUGAAGGCGAUGUUGGGGGAUCCCAACCACGACCAGCUGCUGCCAGUGAUUCAGAGUCACUUGAAUAAGCUUACGGAACAAGUGAGAAGCCAGGAAGCCAGGUUCGCUGAGAUCACUCGCCAGCUCGCAGCAUGCGAACAGAAUUUAAAGGGUGAGAUGGCUCAAAUGACCGCCAUGAUUUCAUCCACCGCGUCGAACCAGGAAACAUCUCAGCAAAAUCCGGCGGAGGAAGCCAGGAUGUUGCCAUCGCGGUCAUUCUUCUUGGAAAUGGCGGAUAUACUUCGAGAGUUGAUAUACGUCGCCGGGAGUUCAUUCAUAGCAGUCAUCAUCACCAACAUCGUCGCCUGGAUAUAUCAACGCAUGAAUGCAAAGCUUGACUGAAAAUCACCCCAGCCCUUAGCAAUACUGGUAGUUCUGGGCCCUAGUAUGGGACACUCGCCGCAAGCUUCCCCGCAGCCUGAUUGCAGCCAUGUAUUUGCUCACAGCACGUAUAGUGCAACCAGUGCGACACCCGUCCGGAUUAACGAAUUGGGAGAGUGGUCUAUUUUCUGGCGCUGGAAAACAGUAACGACAUAGUUUAGUGGCAGGUGCGGUUGAGAAAAUUUGUUCAGAUUACGUUGUUGUUCAUGAGGGGCACGUACUCUGCGCUUGCCGUCGGGAAAGAACGCGUUAAUUUGGCUUUUUUGCCCACCGUGCCGAUCGAGUUUUGCGGAACGCUCGUGAACUCUAUAGGUGCUUGCCAUCCGUUUGGCACGGGAGCGCGUGGGAUAUUGUAGAACCAGAAAUUUUCGUUCGCCGAUUUUUUUUUCAGAGGCUCCAAGUCGCCGGCGCUGAAGAAGACGACGGAGACCUCGAGACGCUAAAUCCUUGAAAGAACCAAAUAAAGUUUCUCUCUCUCUCUGUCUCUCUCUCCACCACCGUUGUUCCCGGGAGCACGCUGAAGGCUCAAUGGCACAUUUUCACCUCGCAUUCAGGACCGAAUUGUGUUCAUUGGAAAAUUAUGGUUUCGUCCGAGACGGGAUAAGGAGGUUCGCGAUCUAUCUCGACGAUCAGGAAAUGGACGAUGGUGUCAGAAGUGCAUCUGUGUUCGUCAUCACUGAAUCUGUUUUGCACUACAGAAUCCUCUUGUGAUUUCCCAUAUGUGUGAGUUGAAUUUAACGAAAAUCUUGUUUUUUUUUCGGCUAAAUAAAUUUAGCGCAGCUUAAUUUUUUCUUUGAAAUUUUCUAUGCUUCGUAACUGUCAACCUAUUGUUUUAAGACAUUUACUACCUGCUCACUUUGUUGUUUACUUGUUGUACCUCUACAGUCUGUGUUCCUUAUUAUAUUGUGAUCCUUUUUUGCUCCUCCGGCGGUUUCUUACCUUAUGUCGAUUGUUUUCUCUCUAUUAAUGCCGUGCGCCUGCUAGAGCUAUUGAUUUCAAGGCGGCAUUCAUGGUUGACAUUGCGCUAUAGUACAGCGCAUUGCGCUGCCUGCGAAAUGCAAGUUCGGAGCGUUCAGGCAUUCGCUUAUGACGUUACGCCCAGUUUUCAGCAGCGCCCACCCGCCCGCCCAGGUUGCUGUAUCUUGAAAACCAUCUGCGAUGUGGACAAAGUUCGCCGCGGGCUGUUUUCGCGGCCUAGUUCGCGUUGACGUGAGACGCAGCACGAAAGUCAAUUCGCUCGCUGCUACUGCUGCCGAGCUUCCUCGCUAGAGACACGAGGAACCCUGCGAGACUCAUUGUGAAACAGCCCAUCGGUAUCGCUUGACGCGUCGCGCGCUGCCACCACCGGCCAAGCAACUCGACAAAACGCAAGCGGUCGCGUUUCGGCGACUUCAGACAAACACACACCCACACCCAAAAUACAUUAACAAAAUCACAGGGGGCAGGGAAAGCGACAAAUGUAGGCUCUGUUCAGAAACAGGAACACUCACACACAUAAUGUGGGAAUGCACCUCGCUCCCGUUCUCUCAUCCCCCGUCAGCAGCGAGACUGACGGGACAGCCUGGUUCAGUUCCGGGGACGUCGACCGACAACUUGAACUGGUGGACUGGGCGGAAAAGGCCAAGCAGGCCCAGGGCCUUACUUGAGCCCUUACCCUCAGCCACGUCCCUCUUUACCCUUC